AUGGUGGGCUUGAAAGAUUUAGAUGCAGAAUUCCUGGAUGUGUCCAAGCCGUACUUGGCAACACCACCGCCAAAAAACAACAGUUUUUGGCGAUGUCUCUGGGCAGGAGGCCGUUCGAAAAAAACAUCCCAAACCCCUCGACAGGUUGCACUGGCAGAGAGCCGGUUACUCAUUGAAGCUCCUGGAGUUGGCCAUGGCAUCGAACACACCUACCCAGAGCAAGAUUUCUUGCAACAUCCUGCCGUCGAAAGUGUGGAGGCAGAAGUCAACUCGACCAAGGAAGAGGUUGCUUCAAUCCUCUCCGCUGCGCAAGCGGUGGCGCAGCCUGAGAUGCUUCGACAGUUGGACGGCUUGAAGCAAGCGGUCUCAGGGCUGCAGAAUGAAUUAAACACGCUGCGGAAGGACAAUGGCACCUUGCGGUCAGCCCUUUGUGCACACACAGGCGGGACUCUUCCAGUUGAAGCUUUUUCCGCUUCUCCGAUUGCUGCCAGCCUGACUUCCACAUCUGCUGACAGACGGCCUUGGGAAGCAAAGUCAACUGCGACUGGCACAGAAGCCGGCCCAGGGGGUGAGGAUGAGUUGGCCGCAGCUCAGCCUGCUGGCGAAGAUUGCGCCAGUCACGCAGGCCAUUGCUGGCAAGCGAGCUGGUUUGAGAAGUGUUCUUGUGGUUCCGUCGAGGUGGGCUUGGAAAAUGCCACGGCUUCCAAAAGUUCUCCUCCGUGCUCACCGGAGCAACUGGAAACCUCAGCUGGGGGGGGUAGCUGGAAUUCCUCGAUGUCGUCUUCAAUCUUUUCCCCGCCAAGGCCGGCGCGAGAGACUCCCAUGAGAGCAUCAAGAGACUUGCACUCCGCGCAUGCUUUGUUUGUAAAUACGCGAACUGGCGAAGUGCCGAGAACUUCACAACCCCAGAGGUCUGUUGAAAGAUGGACGGCCCAGGUGCAGAUUCUUCGUGUGAUUUUGGGAGCAGAACAUUUUCAUAUACCGCCGCAUUAA